AUGAACACUGUUUUAUCUGUUUUGCUCUUGCAUAGUUUUUUUGCUACACCAACAUUAUCAUGUAAUCAAUCCUGCUUUUGCAAAACAUAUUAAACCUUAAAGGUUCGUUCUACUUUGAGAGGAUAAUAUAAAAAUAUAUUAUAAGAACAAAAAGGAGCUUUAAUCUCUAAUAAGAAGUAAGUUGGAUUUGCAGGUAACUAAUUUAACCGAAGUCCUUUAAGAUCUGAAGUAUAUGAUGUAGGUUCAGGAAAAGGAUACACUAUUUCAAGUAUUGGGCAAUUUGUGAUAAUUGAUUUACCAUAAAUAUACGAGAUUAAUACAAUAAAAUUUUGGGUCUAUGAUAGAGAUAUUAAUUUAAGAACAUUUGAUAUAAAGGUCUAAGUUUAAAACUCUCAAGGUCUAAUACAAUUAAUUUAUGAAGACACAGUUGCUACUAGUAUUACAAAAAUAAAGUUUUCUGAUACAUUUGUGAAAUAAAUACUGUUUUAUGAUAACAAUGGCAGUUCAUUGAAUUAAUAUUUGCAUUUCGUUAAUUUAUAAGCCUAUUUUGAAUUUUGA